CGUAAACAGGACCUGCAUCAUCAUUAAUCCUUCGAGAGAUUCGCCUCCAAAAUGUUUAGCGUACGCCGCCUCGUACGCGCCAUCUUCGACGAGCCCACGCCCGCUCGAUCCAAACCGCGAGAUGACGACGCCAGACGCCGCAGCUGGGACGUGAACGCGUCGCCGAGCGAGCCCAUGUACGUCCCCAAGACCUUCGAGGGCGAGUACAACGUUUGUUUCCGUCGCAAGCCGCUGGGUGUGGGGCUCGUACCCAGCUCGCAGCUCUACGGCUCGUGGGAAGUGAGCUCCGGCGACGUACUCAUCGCCGUUAACUUCAGCUGCCAAAAGGCACAGCUACCGCGGGCCGAAUUGGCCGCGUACCUCCGAAAAACCUCGUGUCCCAUCGUCAUGACGUUGAGAAACCCAGAAACUUAUGGGUCUUUUGACUCCCGAGCCAUGUCCACAGCCAUGUACCCAACCUCCGUGGACUACCAUCUCCACGGCUACUCCAACAAAGUAGUGGCGAGAGCCUCGUCCAUGCAAUGGCGACGCUCACUGGAGCACGACUUGGCUCUUAACGCCAAGGCAGCCAAGAAUGAGAAGUCUCGACAACUAGCCCAAGCGCUGGUUAGAAAGGACAUGGACACUAUCCAUGAAGCCCCUCCCGCUGGGAUCGCAGGAGCGUUAGAGAUCCGGGAGAUCGACACUGCUGUGAGUGGUCUAGAAGACAAGGAAGUGGGCCCUACCAUGUCCGAACUGGGAGAGUUCGACGUCACCUUUCACGAGACUCCUCUGCAUCUAUCGCUAGCGCCGUCCACCAGACUCUAUGGGUCAGUGGAAGUGUACGAUCCCAAACUCCACGCACCCUCAGUCCAAGUGGGGGACGUGAUCAUGGCUGUCAAUGGCUACUCGUCCAUGUCACGUCUCCCGUCCGACGACGUUAUCGAUGCCAUCGCUGAGCUGCAAGCUCCAGUCACACUACGUUUCCGUCGUCCUGUGGCGUACCGUAAAUACUUGGCUACAUUCUUCCAAAACAAGAGGAAGGAGCUCUCGUCGGAGUCUAUUGCACGCGCUAUGUUCCCUCCGACACCAGAGUACAAGAAGAAAGCUCCGAAAUAUGAACCCAAGAGAAAUAUCCAGCCCGGGACACUCGUCUCGCAGAGUUUCAUUGAACCGGAAACAGCAGACUUGUCGCCGAAGAAACCUUCGACUCCUGUCAGCAAGAACGAGGAGCGAUUGAGAGAGCUCAAAGCCUUCGCCGCGAAAAUCGGAGCGCUGGACCAAUUCAAGUUGUGGGCUGGAAGUGAAGGUCCAAACGGAGGAAGACCAUUAGUUGGACACAAGUCGGCGUUUCUGACUGAGAAGCACAUGCAGUUUUUGUGGAAGAAUUUACCCAAUUAUCUCACGUGCAAUCAGAUGGAGCUCAUGUACUCCACUCGCGUGCACGGCUGGAGCUUCCUGAGCUUCUUCGAUCGACUACAGAACAAAGGACCGACGAUCUUGGUGAUUCAGGACGAGAACGAGAACAUCUUCGGUGCGUUCUGUCCGGCGUCGUGGAAGCGCUCGAAGACGUUUUUUGGCAACGGAAGGACGUUCGUCUUCUCUCUGAGCUCGCAGAUGAAGGCGUACAUGUGGUCGGGUAUUGACAGCUCGUUCAUGUACACGCAACGUGAUGCCAUCUUUGUCGGUGGAGGCAAUAAGGGCAUCGCGUUGUGUCUCCAACUGGACGAUCGACGUGGCUUCACGCAUGCUUGUACGACGUUCGACUCGCCUCCUUUGGUCGACUACCAGAGCUUCCGUUGUGAGACUGUCGAGGUCUGGUCAUUCCAUGGACUCAAGGUAUAA